CUCCGCUCAGGAGCGGGGCUGCUCGUGCUUUUUGGCUCUUUCUGGCUCGAGCCGUCGCGCCCCACCGGGAGCCACCGCGGCAGCUUCUGGUUGGCGCCAGAUCCCGGGGAGUGCGCGCGCUCGGGCGCCCCUGCAGGGGACGUCGCCCCCGGCUCCUGAGAUCUCCGGGUGGCCUGUGUGGGAGCCGCAGCAGCAGCCCACAGCCACCUUCUGCACCCUUCGCUGCCUUGGGGCGGAGCAGCUGCAUGUUGGAAGCCGCAGCGAUGAACCUCCUGGAGGACUGGUGUCGGGGGAUGGAGGUGGACAUCCGCAGGUCCUUGUUGGUCACGGGCAUUCCCGAGGACUGUGGCCAAGCAGAGCUCGAGGAGACCUUGAGUGGGGUCCUCGCCCCCCUGGGCCCGUACCGCGUGCUCAACAAGAUAUUUUUGAGGGAGGAGAAUGUUAAAGCAGCCCUCAUCGAGGUGGGCGAGGGCGUGAACCUGAGCGCUGUACCCCGAGAGUUUGCCGGGAGGGGUGGUGUCUGGAAGGUAGCCCGUAGGGACCCCACGCAGGAUGCUGAGUUUCUGAAAAACCUGAAUGAAUUCCUGGAUGCCGAGGGGCGCACCUGGGAAGAUGUGGUCCGCCUCCUACAACUGAACCGCUCCCCACCACCCCAGAGUGUCCAUCAGGCCUCGGAGACCUGGGCGGAAGCCUUGGGGGUGCUCCUGGGAGCUGUGGUGCAGGUCGUCUUGUGCAUGGAUGCUGAGAUCCGCAGUCGGCAGGACGCUCGGGCUCAGGAGGCUGCUGAGGGCGAGCAGGGGGCGGCCUGGGCUUCGGCCGUAGGGAGGAAGGUCAAGAAGGAGCCAGGGCUUGCCACGGAAGUGGGCUUGGCUUUGAAGAUGGAGAAUUCCCCCCCCCGCUGGAAGGGCGUGGAAGACCAGGGCGACCUUCCCAAGCCCAUAGUUCGUAGGGCUGGAGCUAAGGCUCGCUCCAGGAGAAAGAAGCAGAAGAAAAGCUCCAAGCAGGAACCAGUGCUCUGGAAAAGACGGAAAGGCAGCCACUGCAGCAGCUUGGCCUACUCGGAGGGGCCUGAAGCCCGUGAGACUCAGAGUAUGGAGAUCCCAGAGUCUGGGAAGAGCCACAGAAAAGCCCGUGUGAAGCAGGAAGGGCCAGCGUCAAAGCAGCCCAUGGGGACAAGUACCUGGAAGGUUCUCAGAGAGCCACCUCAGGAUGCCCUGGCGGGAGCUAAGAGCCCCACAGGCUUCUCAGAGUCGGACCAGGAUGGCGGUCAGGAGAGGCUGAUGAAGAAGGCCAUGUCCUGGGCUUCUGGGAAGAGCCCCAUCGUGGUGAGGAAGAAGAAGGUGACUUUGGGCCCUGUCUCGUAUGCCCUUGUCGAGUCUGAAGAUGCUAAGAAGAAGCUGGUGGUUCCAAAGAAAGGAUUAAGACCCAGAAGGGCUGCAUUGGCUCAGGAGGCCCUGUGUGACCGGCACCCUGCCACAGCGCCUGCCUCAACAUCGAGGUGUCCGAAGGUUAAGGCUGCAGGCUGUCCUCGUGCCUCCAACGGGCUGUUGUGAUGUACCCAGAUUCCAGGAGGCUUUGAUCCCCAGGACCACCCAUGCCUGGGUGUUGAAGGAAGGCCAAGGAAGACUAAGGAAGAAGUCCCAAGCUGGGAACAGAGUUUUCGCUUGUUGUCAAGUGGGACAAGAGUGUUGACUCUUUGAGGGACCCAGUGUGUAGAGCUGUGGCUCAGAGGUAAACAGUAGAUGUGGUGUGUGAGGGGACAAGAGGAGAGGGAGGUGUCUUUUUGCCCUUUUAAAAAAUCUCCUCCUCAACUCACUCUCAAAGGCUAGAGAGCUGGUAAGUGGCCUGGGAAAAUUCUAGAACAUUCCCUAGUGUGUGGGGUCAGGGUCCUUCUCCAGCCUCCCUCCCCCACUUCCUACUGUCACCAGACCAUUAGGGCCUGGCAUUUUGAAGAGCAGGGCAGCCACUUUCUUCCAGCCUCCUUGUACCUCCCCAGUGGGUGAGUGAAGCCCAGAUCUUCUCUGCAGGUGUGGUGUACUUGUCCCUGUGGUCCUGACUUCUGUCCUCCAUUGUCUUAGAACC